GUACUGUCCAGAUGUUCCAGUGUUAUUGCAUGUUACCAGUUAUUCCUGUUCUGACCCUGGAUUGCCUUUUGACCACCAAGUACUGCUUUACCCUCCUGGAGUUGAUUGUUUUCUGUGUAUCGACCAUCAGACUUCCCUCACCAACCUCCCGCUGUUGGAUCCCUCUGCUGUGUUUUUGCCGGCACUGAUCCUGGACUGACAAAGCCACGAACCCUUCCAACAGACAGGAAGACUGGGAGUACAUAAUGGGAUUCUGUGAUCAAAUCAAUAAGGAGCUAGAAGGCCCACAGAUAUCAGUUAGACUGUUGGCCCACAAGAUUCAGUCCCCUCAGGAAUGGGAGGCAAUACAAGCACUGACGGUUCUUGAGGCUUGUAUGAAAAACUGCGGGCGAAGGUUUCACAAUGAAGUUGGGAAAUUUAGGUUUUUAAAUGAAUUAAUUAAGGUGGUUUCACCCAAAUAUCUAGGAGACAAAGUAUCAGAAAAGGUGAAAACAAAAGUGAUUGAAAUGCUGUAUAGCUGGACAGUGUCUCUACCAGAUGAAGCCAAGAUCUGUGAAGCAUAUCAGAUGCUGAAAGCACAGGGUGUUGUUUUAGCUGACCCAGAAAUCCCUCUUGAUGCCACAUUAAUACCAUCACCUUCUCCGCGACCCAAGAAUCCUGUGUUUGACGAUGAGAAGAAGAGCAAGAGACUAGCAGAGCUGCUGAAAAGCAAAAAGCCCGAAGAUCUGCAAGAGGCAAAUCGGCUCAUCAAGAACAUGGUCAAGGAGGAUGAAGUGAGAACACAGAAAGUGACAAAGCAAAAAAGUACGUUGGAGGCCGUCAACAACAGCGUCAAACUCCUCAAUGAGAUGCUCGCUCACUUCAGCCCCGAAGACUCCACGGACGGAGACAAGGAACUCCUUAGGGAAUUGUAUGGUGAUUGUGACAAGCUUAGGCAAACAAUAGUCCAGCUUGCUACUGAGACCGAGGAUAAUGACAGCAGCUUGGGAGCCAUCCUGCAGGCCAGCGAUGAUCUCACCCAUGCCAUUAAUUCCUAUAAGAAGAUUGUAGAAGGGCAGACAACCAAUGGAGAGACUGUAGAAGCACAACAAACACAAGCGUUGGUCAGAAAAGGCACUGGCCACACAAACCGGUCAGAGAUUCUAAUUGACCUGGUAGGUCUGGAUGACCAGAGCCCCUCUCCACCAGACCAGAAACCCCCAUCAUCUUCACUGUUUGUUCCCACUGGCCUGCUGUGUGGACCUGCUGCCACCGACCCUCAGUCUCUGACAGCCAGCAGACCCUCUGCAGCACUCAGUCUGCUGGAUGAUGAGCUACUGUCUUUAGGCCUCAGCGAACCCAUUUCUGUUCCAAGUAAAUCAACCGUAACAACAAACCUGAGCAAUCAUUUACCAUCUUAUCAGGAUCCCAGUAAGGAUUUGCAUCUUUGUGACUCUACUUCCGCUUUGGGUCCUAUAUUUUCCACAUCUUCAAUUUUUCCAGAUGCUCUCUCUGCACCAGUAGUCCCAGUUAGCCCUUCCAGGUCUUCUACAAUGACCUCUGCCUUGAGCUUCCCUGGCCCCAUCUUCUCCACACCUCCAGUUUCUGCAAAAUCUGUCUCAACAAAAUCAGUCAUGUUCCCUCAGCCGGUCAGUUCAGUAAUGACCACCUUACCCCCAGCUGCUCUUCCUCAGUCAUUCAGCGUGGCCUCAGCCGCUCCCUCAGCCACCUUUGUCACUCCACAGCAGGUCACCGCUUCAUUUGGAGCUUCACAUGCUCCUUCUACUUCUCUCAGUCACAAUCUGCAAGACCUUGCCUUGCUGGAUCUGAGCAGUCCUAAAAUUACCCCGGGUGGAAUGGACUUUGGCAGCCUUCUGGUCAAGAGUGAGGAUCUCCACGCUCCUGCUGCACUCUCCUCUGCUGCUGGUGUCUCCUCCACCACAUCCACCGCACUGCUAAUAGGAGGGAUGCAAGGAGGGUCCACUCCUCCACUUGCCAGGAGCCGAGCAGAUGACAGCCCUCUGUUACGUUCUCUUUCACCCAUCCUCCCUCUGAACCAGGCCAGUCCGGCAAGGGGACAGGAAGUGUCCCUGGCCAACAGCUUUGUCCCUUUGGAUGCCAUCAAGCCAAGUAAAGUGUGUCCUGUGACGGCGUAUGACAAAAACGGUGUCCGUGUUCUGCUGCAUUUUGCUACUGAUUGCCCACCAGGCAGGCCUGAUGUACUGGUGAUAGUGGCAUCCGUUCUUAACACUUCACCACAGCCUGUCAGGAACAUUGUCCUGCAGGCUGCUGUACCUAAGAUGAUGAAAGUGAAACUCCAGCCACCCUCAGGGACAGAGUUGGCUCCUUUUAACCCAAUCCUUCCUCCUGCUGCCAUCACUCAGGUCAUAUUGCUUGCCAAUCCUCUCAAGGAGAAGGUUCGGAUGAGAUACAAACUGACGUUCACUCUGGGAGAGCAGCCACUCACAGAAGUGGGGGAGGUGAAUGAAUUCCCACCUGCUGACAGAUGGGGGGCUCUAUAGCCCUGCCUACCUCUUCAGGGUGGCCAGACACUAUGCGACCUCUUUAACAAAUUAGUUGGUAAGUGCAGAGGUCAAAGGAAAGGGCAGUAUUGGAAGGCUUUUUGGGAAAAAUUGAAGGAUGUAAACUUUAAUAAACAUUGAAGAUGUUUUUCUGGUUUAGAUGCCCCACUGAAGCAGCCAAAGUUCUGUAGCGUACAUUGAACUUACAUUUUUCUACAGUGCCAGAGGUGUCAGUGUGGUGCAGUACCAAACUGGUAGAACCCGGUUAAUGGGUUUGUGGGAAAAUGUAGCUAAAUUAUUAUUAUUAAACUAUUACUGUUAUUAUACCUUUUUGCUCUCAUUUUAAUGUUCAUAGUUGCAUCUAUCCCCGUUAACAUCAGAAGUGACUAGAAAAUUGCACUUUUGGAUGCCAGGCAGUCUUAACAUAGAGCAAAUACACAUUUGAAGGGAGGUGGUUGUAGAGUCAGGGUCACUUGACUAUGUCCAUGCGGAUUCUCAAUCAUCCAGGUCAUAGUAAGCUGAAAAAAACUUCAACUGGACUAGGUUUUUAGGUCGAAGACGUUUCACC